AUGGACCCAGCAUACAGAGACAUGCUCCUGAUGAGUAAAUCUGUGGAGGAUCUCAAGAUUGAAGUGACGAACAUGACGGACAUCAACAAAGCGAGUCCGCACGGCUGUGAGAACGGCGCUCUGACGGACAGGUUCGGGGUGCUGAUCCAGGCGCUACUGGGCAUCGUGGCCUUUAGCACUUUGAUGGUAAAACGAUUCAGAGAACCGGCAGGAAUCCGACGGCCCUGGAGGAUUUGGUUUUACGACACAUCAAAACAGGCCAUCGGUUCUCUUUUCAUUCAUUUUGCUAACAUCUUCCUGUCCACCUUCACAACAGAUGACCCCUGCUCCCUGUAUCUGAUGAACUUUCUGUUGGAUGCCACACUCGGGAUGCUGGUCAUCUGGUUGGCUCUGAAGUCAUUUUCCAAACUUGUUGAAUACAAACAGUGGACAUUCCUAUUUCUGGGAGAAUACGGCGACCCUCCUCAAGCCGCUGCUUGGCUUGGUCAGUGUGGCAUUUAUCUGCUCAUUAUGGUGCUGGAAAAAGGAGUUGUCAGCCUGGUGCUGCUCAUCCCUGGAUGGUCUGAUUUGCAAGCAGUGCUUUUGGACUUCAUCCCAAACCCACAGCUGGAGCUGGUGCUGGUCAUGCUCAUUGUGCCUUUCAUCGUCAAUGCAAUCAUGUUCUGGGUGGUGGAUAAUCUGAUGAUGAGGAAGUUGAAGACGAUGAAGACUUUAGAUGACACCUGUGAGAGCUCAGUGACGAAGGCUGAUUCUCUGCUGAACUCAGAUGAAACACAGGUCCUCUUAACGGAGGAGACGGACACAGAACAUGCAGAAAGUGACGAUGAAAAUGGACCUGUCCCUCCAGUGCAAUUCUCAGGAGGAGCGCUGAGGCCGAGCUGGGUCACCCUGUGA